AUGGAUGUGAUGAUUUCUAGAGUUGAAGAAGAUGGACAACACUUCAGCUACGAUGCCGAUACCGUCAUUAAAGCUACAUGCUUGAAUAUGGUAUUAGCCACAAUUACUAUGGCUUGGGCUCUUUCUCUACUCCUCAACAAUCAUCAAGAUGUACUCGAGAACGCCCAACUCGAAUUAGAUGAAAAAGUUGGAAGAUCAAGACAAGUAAAAGAGUCUGAUGUCAAAAAUUUACCAUAUCUCCAAGCUAUUGUCAAGGAAACUCUUCGAUUGUAUCCUGCUGCACCACUGUUAGUCCCUCAUGAAUCUAUAGAAGAUUGCACAGCGGCUGGCUACCACAUCUCCAAGGGGACACGCCUCAUAGUUAACUUUCAAAAGCUUCAAAAAGACUCAGUUGUUUGGGAGGGGCCGUGUGAAUUCCGUUCAGAAAGAUUUCUAACAAGCCAGAAGGAUUUUGAUGUUAGAGGACAAAGUCCACAAUUCAUACCAUUUGGAAAUGGUCGAAGGAUGUGCCCUGCAAUCUCAUUUGCCCUUCAAAUGAUACAUCUCACAUUUGCAAACUUUCUGCAUGGGUUUAAAAUUGAGAGAUCAUCGGAUGAACCGCUCGACAUGGAAGAGAGUGUAGGAUUGACCAGUCUUAGAAUGUUAAUCUUCUAA